GCGAGCAGGAGGCAGCAGCUGAGGAGGCGAGACAUCAGUUCAGCAGGCCUAACCAGAGAAGAAGGCGGUGCCUCGGAGUCGAGGGGAACCCUCUGAGGAAAGGGCAAAGAGGAGAGACCAAUGGACCCCCAAGGAGGAAAAGCAUUUGCAAUGUUAAAAGCCCAGCAGGAGGAAUUCCUGGACUCCCUCAACAAGGAAUUUAUGGAUGACCCCAAAUACAGCACUGACGAAGACCUACCUGACAAAUUAGCAAUGUUUAAGAAGAAAUACAUGGACUUUGAUCUCAAUGCACAAGGAGAUAUAGAUAUCAUGGCCUUGAAGCGCAUGCUAGAAAAGCUGGGCGCAGCCAAAACCCACCUGGAGCUAAAGAAGAUGAUCACUGAGGUGACUGGAGGUAUGAGCGAAACCAUCUCCUACCGGGACUUUGUCCGUAUGAUGCUGGGAAAGCGAUCAGCUAUCCUUAAAAUAAUUCUGAUGUAUGAAGAAAAAGCCAAAGAGAAGGAUGAGAAGCCAGCCGGACCCCCGCCCAAAAAAAUAAUUGCAGAUCUUCCUUAAAAAACACCCCUAACUACAUGAUAGAAAGAUUCCUUCCAGUA